CUCCCGACAGCAGAUCAAAUUAAGGAGCUGGGCCGGAGGGACGAGGUUGACUGUCUUCCUGGCUCUUUUAAAAUGAUGAUGAUGAUGAUGAUGAUGAUGAUGAUAAUAUAGGACUGUUCCCUUUAAUUUUGGAGGGAGCCGGUGCAAGAGCACCGCUUCAAAGCGCAGCCAGCGCGCGCCGGGAGUGUAACGCGAGGAAAGCGAAGCGAGAGAGGAGGAGGAAGGGGGGGAAAAAAAUCGGCGCCUCGCCUGUUGCUCACCUGGUGGCCGCUCCUCCCGUUCCCUUCCUUCCUUCUUUUCUUCCUUCUUUUCUUCCUUCUUCCCCCCCCGACCCGCCUUCCCCUUCCUUUGAACCUUGGUCCAAGUUUGAGCUCCGCGCGCCAGGGAAAACUGACCGGGAGAAAGUUUUGGAACGUUCGCCCAGAACGAACGUUCCAAGGAUCGAACGUUCGGGGCGCCAAGGUUCGUUCCAGCGCGGCUCAACGUUCCAUCGGGCGCAAGGAGCACAGAACGGCCGGAUCCCUUAUGGACGAUUCGGAACUGGCGUGUGGUUUGGAUUGAUUAUCGGCCCUUUUUCUUUCUUUCUUUCUUUCUUUCUUUCUUUCUUUCUUUCUUUCUUUCUUUCUUUCUUUCUUUCUUUCUUUCUUUCUUUCUUUCUUUCUUUCUUUCUUUCUUUCUUUCUUUCUUCUUCUUUCCCCUCUCUUUCUUUCCUGUUUCGUUUUCUCUUCUUCUCCUCCUCCUCUUCCUCCUCCUUCCCCCGCCCUGGCGAGGGAGCAAAUUUGGGAAGUUCAACGUCGGCCAGACUAGCUGACCUCGAGCACCCAAAAUGCCCAGAGCUUUCCUGGUGAAAAAAACGUGCGUUUCGGGCCGGAGAAACUGGAGCGAGCUUCCCGACGAAGAACGAGGAGAGAUUUACGUGCCAGUCUCCCUAGGUGGAUAUGCUCUCUGGAAAGACCCCGAGCCCUCGGUGGCCGAGCAGCCCUCAUUCCCGAUGCCGCUGGACAUGACCCUUCGCAACUCCGUCUACACGGCAGCUCAGCCCCACGGCACAGUCCACGUCUCCAGUGGGGGACGGCAGGAGACCGAGUCUGACUUCUCCCCCUCCACGGUCAAGGUGACCCCGGCCGACGGUCCCGUGGAGCAAUUUUCCUGUCCGUUUUGCCAGAAAGCCUUCUCCUACCAGCGCAUGCUCAACCGCCACCUGAAAUGCCACAGCGAGAUCAAACGUCACCUCUGCCCCUACUGCAACAAGGGAUUUAAUGACACCUUUGACCUCAAGAGACACGUUCGGACGCACACAGGUGUGCGUCCCUACAAGUGUGAGCUGUGCGACAAGGCUUUCACCCAGCGCUGUUCUCUGGAGUCCCACCUCAAAAAAAUCCACGGGGUGCAGCAGAGUUACGCCUACAAGGAGCGCCGGGCUAAACUUUACGUCUGCGAGGAUUGUGGAUCGACGGCCGACAGCCAGGAAGCGCACCUACGUCACCUGCAGGAGCAGCACCCCGACAGCCCGCUACUCCGCAAAGCCUCGCGCAAAGUAACCACCACCGCCCUUCACGGCAUCCUGGGCCCGGCGAGCAUCCUGCAGGGCGCUGGUCCGUGUUCCUAAGCAUCCUGCCCCCCUUUUGGGGGGGGGGGUGGCUGGUGCUCCUUUGAACUUGAGAAGACCGCCCUUCUCCCUUGACCCGGACCAAGGACCCGAGGGCCAAGUUUGGCUGCUGGACCGACCGCCAGAUCCGGUAUUUUGAAUCCGGCCCUGGGAAAAGAGACACCGAGAAAAAUUCUCCGUGAAUCUUUCAUGAAGCACUGGGAAAUGAUUAUUAUUUUUUUUAAUCUGGAUCGGACUUCCGGGUAGGAUGACGGUAGCUUUGAACGUUAGAAAGGAUCUAUCUUGGCUGCGUGGCAGACCAAGCCUUGGGUGGAUGGGGGUGGGUGGGAUUAUUCUCAGAGGUCACCUAGACUGACCCCUCCCACUGGCCAAUGCAGGAAGAGUUAUUGACGAAACCUGGGGCUGUUUCCAGGCUGCCUUUAAAUCCUCGCUCAGGGUAGUACCAAAGCGUCUUUGAAUCCUGGAUUUAGAAUCAUUAGAUACCCUUCUCUGAAUCCGUCGCCUAUUUUCUCGCACCCAAGCCCGAGGAGAUUGUGUAACGGUGUGAAGAUGCCUUGAAAGUCAAGGCAAAAAUAACAAACAACGUUUAGCAAUUGAUCCCGUCACCAAGAAAUGGUGGCUUCCUCUUUCACUGGGUAUGUGAAACUCCAGAGGCUUGGAGUUCGAGAAGCGGUGGAAUGGAUUCCCGCCCUGAUUAAGCAGGGGGUUGGACUAGAUGACCUCAUGGCAUACGCUCUGUACCUCUAUGAUUUUUUUUUGUGUCUUGGGGCCCAAACAAACUAGUCUGACCUUAGAGAUUUAAGUGCCUCGGCGUGUUUCUCGGUUUGAAUGAGAACGACAAUCUAGUUUUGAAACAAGAAUAAUCUCAGGACCGGCGCUAAAACUGGGGGUGGUCUGGAUGACAUUAUGCACCCCUCUUUUUUCUGCCCAGAAUUCAAGCUCUGACAUUCUGGAAUCCGGUGAGUUUUUUUUAAUGAUCGUUUUAACCAAUGCAAAAAAUGUAUUAUUUAUCCAGUGUCGGGGAGCUACGGAUUUUGAGUUUUAUGAAUAUAUUUUUUUUAAAGAUAUACAGUAUUGGAUUGCUGAUAGGACUGAAUUAUUUCUGGCCAGAAGGCCUAGCCUUUUUGGAACAGGGCAGAACGAUGAAUUAUUAGCAAGUGCAAUGGUUUCCAAAGACUAUCAUAAGGGGUAUUUUUAUUUAAUAUUAUUAUGAAUGUGUGAAGACGUGCUUGCUGCCACGGCGUGGCGAGACACCGAAGCUAUUUUUUGGCAUCUUAUAGGAAAGAGGCAUUACGCCAAACGCCAGGGUGUGGAUCUUGUUUACAUAUCGGCCGUGUUUUGUCUCGACUUUGGGGGAACAAACUAGGCCCGUGAACUUUUAAUGUUAUUAUAUUAUUCGUAAUUAUUAUUAUUCUCCUCCUCCCUGUUAAUUAAAAUAAAGGAACUGGAUUCUCUCUGA